AUGCUGGUCAUCGGUCGAAGGUCUCGAGAAGGCGCUAUUCCCCUCGAAGUGUCGAUCAAGAACUGCGGUCGGACAAAAGAAUGGAGCGCAGCACUGCGGUUGCUCCGCGAAGGAAUUCUAUCAGGUGUACAACUCGCCCCAAGCCACUACAUGGCGAUUGUCAGCGCAUGCAGAAGGGGCGGGCAAUGGCAGCACGCGCUGUCAGUGCUCCGCGGGAUGUGGGAGGCGAAGCUGGGGCUCGACGUCAUCAGCUGCAGCGCUGGCAUCAGCGCGUGCGAGCAGGGUGGCCAGUGGCAGCGGGCUCUCGCGCUGCUGGGCGAGAUACGGGAGGCGAAGCUGGAGCCCAACGUCUCAGCUACAGCGCUGGGAUCAGCGCGUGUGAGAAGGGCAAGCAGUGGCAGCAGGCGCUCGCGCUGUUGA